GAGGCCUAGUGGCGGGACGGCGGGGACUGAGGGCGGGGCUCUGCACUACGGUACGGCGGUGUCUGCGUGGUGCCGCUGAGUUGGUACCUUGCCAGCUGUCGGAAGUUUGCCCGCCCGUUUGGCCGAUGGACAGAAUGGCAGCCCAGGGGACAAUCGGAGGUGUUCCCUGGUAACUCUACUGCUAAAUAUAGUCAAAGCAGUAAUCUGAGUCCUUCAUGCACGCAGUGCGUGCCCGGCGCCCGCGCCAGGCCCAGAGCUUGACACUGUGGGAUAAACAAGCAUGAAGGUAGCAUGGAUCUGCCUGUGGACAAAUGGAUAUCCUACCUGCUUGACAAGUGGGCUUUACUCCCCAAGUCUGUGCAGGACACAAUUUCGACAGCAGAGACACUGAACGACAUCUUUCUGCGUUCCUCUUCCCUUCUGCAGCCCGAAGAUGAGGUGUUUUUAAAGCGGCUUUCUAGUGCUUACUUGGUGGAAAAGGACUAUGAUGCUCCCCUUUUCUACAGAGAAAAAGGAAACAAAAAAUUCCAAGAGAAGGACUACAUAGGCGCCGCAAUGCUGUACUCUAAGGGAGUGUCGCAUUCCAGGCCUAACACUGAGGAUAUUUCACUGUGCUAUGCCAAUCGCUCUGCAGCCCUCUUCCAUCUGGGUCAGUAUGAAGCAUGUCUUAAAGACAUAGUGAGAGCAGAUGUGCAUGGGUAUCCUGAAAGACUGCAACCCAAGAUGAUGCUGCGCAAGACAGAGUGCCUGGUGAACCUCGGGAGACUGCAGGAGGCGAGGCAAACCAUCACUGAUCUUGAAAGCAGCCUCACUGCCAAGCCAACACUGGUGCCUUCCUCUCAUCAGAUUCUGCAGAGGAACCUCCAUCACCUGAAAAUGAAGAUCCAAGAGAAGGAGAGUCUCCCAGAAACCUUCCCAGCAGCUCUCACCAGAGUGUUUGAGGAUAUGGCCCUGGGGGAAGAGAACAAAGAGAUUUCUGGGGCAUCGCUGUCUGUCAGCUUACACAUGGACCCUUUGAAAGGCCGCCAUCUAGUUGCCACAAAAGACAUUCUCCCGGGAGAACUCCUGGUGAAGGAAGAUGCUUUUGUAAGUGUCCUUAACCCAGGAGAAAUGCCACCACUGCACCAUGGCCUAGAGACCAAGUGGGAUACCAGAGUUACCAAUGGAGACCUCUACUGUCACCGAUGUCUGAAGCACACUUUGGCCACAGUACCCUGUGGCGGGUGCAGCUAUGCCAGGUAUUGCAGCCAGGAAUGUACGCAGGAGGCAUGGGAGUGCUACCAUAGCACAGAGUGUCCUCUGGGGGCGCUGCUUCUUGUGCUUGGGGUCUUCUGCCAUGUUGCCCUUAGGAUGACUCUGUUAACCAGAUUUGAAGAUGUUGACAGAGUUGUAAGGAUGCUUUGUGAUGAGACUGGUCACAAAGAUACCUGUUUACCUGAAAACAAGAAUCCAGUCAAGACAUUUAGGUACACAGAUCAGGGGGAGAGUGAAGAGAACAGCAAAAUAGGUGAACCCCCAGUUCCUGGAUGUAAUGUCAAUGGCAAGUAUGAAAGUAAUUAUAACGCUGUCUUCAGCCUUCUGCCUCAUACUGAGAAACAUAGCCCGGAACACAGAUUCAUCUGCGCCAUCAGUGUCUCUGCCCUGUGCAGGCAGCUCAAAACAGCCAGCGUGCAGGCCCAAACCGUGUCCUCCAAGUGGAAAGCAGCGAGCCCAGGAUUGUGUGCAGAUUUGACUACUUGGGGACUAGCCAUGCUGCGGCACAUGCUGCAGCUGCAGUGCAAUGCCCAGGCGAUAACCUCCAUCCAGCACACAGGGUCUGAAGAAAGCAUCGUGACCAACAGCAGGCAGGUCCGCCUUGCCACAGGCAUCUUCCCUGUCGUCAGCCUCCUGAACCACUCCUGCAGCCCCAACACGAGUGUGUCCUUCACUGGCACUGUCGCCACCAUCCGGGCAGCACAGCACAUCAGAAAAGGACAAGAGAUUGUGCACUGCUAUGGGCCACAUCAGAGCCGCAUGGGUGUUGCUGAGAGGCAGCAGAAGCUGAGGUCACAGUACUUCUUUGACUGUAGCUGUCCAGCCUGUCACACUGAGACACUCAGAGCAGCUGUAGAGCCCAGAUGGGAAGCCUUCUGCUGCAACGCAUGCAGCGCACUCAUGCAGGGAAACGAUGUGCUGAGCUGCAGCAACGAAUCUUGCAGAGAAUCCGUCAGCAGGGCCCACCUGGCCUCCCGCCUCCAGGACCUUCAGCAGCAGGUGUGCGAGGCCCAGAAGCUUCUCAGAAAUGGGAAACUAGUAGAGCAAGCUGUCCAGCAGUUGUUGGGGUGCCGGGAGGCUGCCGAGAGCUUCUUGUCCGCAGAGCACACCGUGGUGGGGGAAAUUGAAGAUGGGCUGGCGCAGGCACAUGCUGCCUUAGGAGACUGGCGGAAGUCUGCUGCCCACAUACAGAAGAGUGUUCGUGUGGUUGAAGCUCGCCAUGGGCCAUCCAGUGUUGAAAUCGGCCACGAACUCUUCAAGCUGGCCCAAGUCCUGUUCAACGGGUUGGCAGUGCCUGAAGCUCUGAGCACCAUAUGGAAAGCGGAAAAGAUCCUGUUGGUGCACUGUGGCCCUGAGAGCCCUGAGGUCCAGGAGCUCCGGGAGAUGAAAUCCUGUUUACUGGACUUGUCGAUCCCCGUGGGGCCCUCGGUGUAGAGUGUACGUUCUAGUCCGCAGGAAGGGAGCUCCGGCAGAUGAGUUAAAGAGGCUGUGUCGGUUUAGAGCUGACAUCAGAAAGGACAGGCCCUACCCAGCUGUCCUGCGCUGUGUCUUGAUGGCUGCUGCUUGCAGGAACUAACUGCCCUCAGAUAGAAAUCCCCCAUCCCCAGAAAAGACUUACCAGUGCCUGUGGAAGCUAAGGGCUUUAAAAGGCCACAGCUGAUCUGCAAGCAGCUGAUACUAGCCUAGGGUUUUGGCUUGAUUUCAUCUCACCAAAGGAUGAGAGUCUUUCUCUGAAACAUUCCUGUGGUUUCUGGUAGCAAUGAAGUGCUGUGUACUACUCCAGUGGGAACUUCAACUCUUAGUCUUGUAUUAUAAUUGAAGAACAAUAUAUAGCAAGAAAUCCGUGUGGCUCCUUUAUGUCAAGAGACACACGAUUACAGUCACAAUAUCCCGCUUUCUUAAAUGUUUCGUUGAAACUGCUGGUGUGUAAUUUGUGAAUGAAGAAAUAAACACGGGACUGUCUCACUGUUGGGCAGUUUCUUCCUGGGGAUGGUAACUCUAUUUGCUUCCUACCAGUUUUCUAAUUCUUUUAUUUAUUUGUUUGUUUAUUUGUUUUAAUGCUCAUUGGUGUUUUACUUGCGUGUAUGUCUGUGUGAGGCUGUCAGAAGCCCUGGAAUUGGAGUUACAGACAGGUGUGAGCCACCAUGUGGAUUCUGGGAAAUUACCUGGGCCCUCUGGAAGAACAGCCAGUGCUCUUAACCUCUGAGCCAUCUCUCCAGCCCCAUAGUUUUUUCAUUUUAUUCACUGACUUUCAUUGAACUUCAUGGUAGACUCACUGUCCAGGUAC